AUGAUGAUGAUAUUCGAGGAUGAUGAUGAUGAUGAUGAUGAUGAUGAUGAUGAUGAUGAUGAUGGUGACAGUAAUGACAGUUGAUCCAUUGAGUCUAUUUAGAUGCCAUACCAACUUUCAAUUGCUGCCAAUAGACCUUUGUCAUGGGGUGGCCAUUUUGUCUUAGGAGAUCUAAAAAGCUCUGUUUAUGCAUGGAUAGCCUCUUAGAGAGAACGAGGCUAGCUGUUCAUAAACAAAGCUUUUUAAGUCUACUGAGACAAAAUGGUCGCUGCGUGAGGGAGGUCUAUUGUAUGCUUACAACUACACUGUAGCAUUGCGCCUCAAUAGUAGCUCUAGUUGUUUUCCACACCAUAAUUAUUCCUUUGAUCUUGUUAUUGCCCAUGGUGCACUAAAGUAAACUGAUCAAAAGCAGAUUCAAUGGAAAGUCACACUUUUGUUCUUUGUUGUUGUUCUUGCAAGCUUUGUGUGCACACAAGAUAGCAGAGCUGUGAAUCUGUUGUCAAUGUUUCUUCUAUUAUUAAUUAAUGAGCUGUUUUUUGCUUCCAGGAACAGUUUGUUCUUUUAUUCAUCUGGUGUAUCACUUGGUCUUAUCAUGUCACUUCUUCUGCUUGUCUACAUACUGCACAGACUAAUCCCAGGGGUAAGAAAAAACGGUGUGGGGUCAAUGCUAAGACUUAUCCCUCGGGUAUUUUCUUUCCAGGAACAGCUUGUUCUUUUAUUCAUCUGGCCCUGGUUGUUCAAGCCUUGGAUAGCGCUAUCCACCGGAUAAAUCACUAUCCAGUGAAUAAGUAUUACGGAAAUCAAUAACGCCAUCCGCUGGAUAGUGAUUUAUCAAGUUGAUAGCGCUAUCCAACGUUUGAACAACUGGGCCCUGCUGUAUCACUUGGUCUUAUCAUGUCACUUCUUCUACUUGUCCACAUGCUACACGGAUUAAUCCCUGGGGUGAGACAAAAAGGUUUGGGGCCACUGUUAAUUAAGACUUAUCCCUUGGGUAAGACAAAGCAGUUUGGGGGUGAUGGUUUAGACAAAGUCCUGAGGUAAAGCGAGCAGAGGUGAGCGUUUGUUAAUCCCUGUUGUGCAGGCAAUAGGAUUGGAAGUUGAAAAAUGUUGAACGUGCAUGUAUGCAUUUGCUUAAGAAUUGUUGUCAAUAUUUCAGCAUAUUGUUUUAUGCCAUUUUCGCAACUGAGGCCGCCGUGUUUACUUGUUGUAUUUCACUGCGUUCGACCUCAUGAGAACGCAGCCUAAUCCCCGCGUUUUGGGUGGCCAAGUCAAAAACGGAUGGCAGGACCAAAAGCAUGUCCUUUCGGGAAGUUUAUUGCAUUUACAUGUAUUGGAGUCGUUGUUUUAAAUGUUGUUGUUGUGUGGUCAUUUCUUUUCAGAGAGGAGGUGCAUAUGCUGUUUUAAUUGGAGGAUGGAGUCUGGGUGCCUAUUUAAUCCAGUGGACUUGGAGUAACUUAAAAGACCUUCUACUUAACCACAACCAAUGGGUCAUUGGAUAUCUUGUUGUUAUAGGUAUGUCACUAAAGAGACCUAUAGAUAUGAGGACCAGAUUUAACCACAAGUUUUUUCGCGUAUAUUCUCUAAACGUACAUAGACAACCCGGAAAACUUGAUUGUCCUUUUUUGUAUUUUUCAACCGAAACGUUAGUACGGUUAUUUUUAUCGAAGGAGGUUAAGCCCUCUCCCGAUCGCAAAGUGAUACAUUUUCGAACAUUUUAAUAACUUGUUUCCGCCAUUACGACAUUCUUGCUAAAAUCCGUAGUAGAUUGAAGACGGCUAUCGCGCUUUCUCGCCAAAAGAACGCUGGAUCACGCGUGCGCACUACUUAUUUCAGUAGUAUUGAGAAAAUCUCGUCCUCGUCGUCGCGCCCUCGUUUUUUUUUAAUAGAAUCUAAAGGUCUCUUAUGGGAAAAGGAAAACCUGCAUAUUAAAGAUUAUUAUGGUCGGCAUUUUUCAAAAACUCUUACUCUUUGACUGUCGUAUUACGCUCUAUAACAGCAGAGUUUUUCCUUUCGUCAGGUAUCAGAAGCUUAUGUGUUUGCUGUUGUUACGGCCUAGUCAACGUAUUACGCUGUAUAACAGCUGUGUUUAUUUCCCGCUUUCUCCAGGCGUCAUAAGCUUUGGUGUAUGUUAUUAUUACGGCCCAGUAACCAGCGACCGCGGACUGGAUCUCAUUCGCUGGAUGCUGCAGCUUAUAGGAUUGAGCCUACUGUACAUGAGUACAAGGUCAGAUGAGGUCUCCAUAGCUCUGUGUAUUCAAGUGGUUUGGUCCCAUGUAAUUCGUUUCAGACUGCUUCCUCAACACUGGUAAGGCUACCAUUCAUGCUGCCAAGAUUAAAUUAUAGGACAGAGAGGAAAACACCGUUGUUUGCUUUGAGGCAGUCAGGCGUGAACUUGAUGACGUUUCAAACGCGGACGUCCCAGGAAUUAGAGUUAGAAUUAGAGGCGGGUUAUCAGGAAUAAAAACAAAAAAUAAUUAACAGUCGCCCUUGAACUAUAUAGCUAAAAGAAAAAGAGCCAAGUAAAUAUGUUUAUAAUCUUCCAUCUAAUCAUACAACCUUUUAGUCGUUCUUUCUUGACUUUUCUUCGUUGGUUCGUUCUUAUACCCGUCAGAUCAAUUUAGGUUAGUGGGAAACUAACCACCUACUCCUCCCCUAAGCCAACAUUUUGCCCUAAGUGAGAAGUAAGUGAUAAUGUUGGCUUAGGGGAGGGGUAGGUGGUCAGUUUCCCGGAAAUCUUAAUUGAUUCCACCCGUCCGGGCUUAGCCUGCUUCGCAGACGUAAUCUAACCCCGUUAGUAACUUCUGAGCAGCAGCGCUGAUAUCCUUGUUCUAGCCCCCCAACGGACUCAACGAAUUACCGGAAAUGCGUUUCGAGUUUUCCCUUCAAUGGCAAAUUUUCAAUAGCAUUUUAAACUGGCCAAUCAUAGCGCGUACUCAACAUAUAAGCUAAAAAAAAAUACAUUUAUCGUGUGGGUUGGGACUUGCAAAGCUUUCACUGUAAAAUUUGAAUGAGUUGUUUUCGUCUAUUUUAAUAGAAUGUGACCAGUUGUCUUAACGUCUUCUAUCGUUAAUUGAAAGGGAGUUUUGAGAUUAUCAAGGUAAUAAAAAUCAUUCUUAUAGCAUCUUUGAGACGGUAGUGUGGUUUGAAUUGAUUGAAUCGUCCGAAAUGGUUGUUGUGCUCAAUUUGCUAUGGCAAUAAAAGCUAAAAGCGCAGAUGUGGUCAACACCGCUUGCACAGAAAGGUUUCUUGCGCAUUUGUGCUCAAACCCGUAGGGAUUUGUCGCUAGUGUACAACAACCCUCAGUGGCGGAUCCAGGGGAGGCACCCGGGGAGGCCGGGGCACCCUUUACUUUUAGACCAAAGUGAGGCCCGAAGGGCCGAAAAAAAAUUUUUUUGAGACCGGGACUCCCCCCCUCCCUUCCCCCCAUCUCAGGGUCUGGAUGACCGCGGUUAAAUAAGACCGAUCGUCACUCCCAUGAUUAUGAGGGACAAGAAAGUUCCAAACUACGUAACACUAGAAAAUAAAUAACACUACGCGAGAGCCGUGUAGCCUGGAGGCGUUUGUUUGAAUGAUUAAGCGUUUUUCAUUACAUUUGUAACCGACCACUCUUUUCAACUUUCUUCCUUCCUUUCUAUUCUUGUCUCUAAUGGACCGGAUUAUCAACAAUAGUUAACCGGCCUCAUGCAGGAGCUCUCCUACCUCAAUAUACAGAAUCUUUCAUCGAUUUCUCCUCAAGGGAGUCCAAUCCUUAUUGAACAAAGGGAAUUCCAAGUGAUAGGAAUUGAGAAUAAGACCAUAGGGCCUGCCUGCAGGGGAACGCAAGAAAGUUUUAUUUUUAAGUGGAGGCCCCCUCCCCAAGGUCUAACCCUUUACCCUACAGUCGAACCUCCACUAACGGCCACUUCUCAACAACGGACGGUUUUUUCUGCCUCCAAGGUGGCCAUUGAGGAGAGGUUCAACCACAGGCGUCCCAAGCCCUAGCCUCCCCGCAGACGUCCUUUGGAGUUCGUUCGUCACGCAUUCAUUUCUCCCCAACGGACGUCCGGGGGAAGAAAUGAAUGCGUGACGAACGAAGCCCAAAGGACGUCUGCGGGGAGGCUACCCAAGCUCACGUUGCGAGUUUGUAAUGUAAAUUUACUUUCUCACGAGGCUGUCAGUGUCGCGUUACAAGCCACGGUUCAGACUUACCUUUUAUGAAUUCCUUGGUUUUUGUUGUGAAUUCAUCGAUGCAGUCGGUUUUUUCGGCAGUUGUUUGUGUGACCCCCCACCACUCUUUCGUGUUAUUGUAAACCGACUAUCUCUUUAAACUGCGGUAAAUACACCGUCACAAAAAUUACAAAACCAAAACGUUUUCGCCAAAAACAGUGCAUUUGUUAGCCCUUUUACAGACGGAUUUUUUGUUUUUCAUUAGUAUUGAAAUCCCUACCCUUUCCUGCAUACCUGAAGCCCGAAAAAGGUACCCCUUUCGGACGUAUUUCCCCGAAAAGGCCAUGGCAUAGGAAUACCCCCGAGGGCAUAAUAUUUUCACUCACUCUAUUUGACGUGAGACUCAGCUACUUCAUUUGCCACUGUUGGCCUUUCAGUCUUAUUAUUUCGGUUCUGCUAGACUUGUAUCUCUAGCUAGAAGUAUUAAAUGGACUCGUAACUUUACUAAAAGGCUUUAGAGAGAUUUCCCGCCCUUCCUUGUCUGAGCCGUUUUUGAACAGCGGAUUUCUGGUACUCCCGUACGUAGCUAAUGUACGAUCCUAUAGGAAAAUGGCGGCACACAUGGCAAGGAAAGCUCUUUACGUUUAUGGCGCAUUUUGCAUACUUUUGUUUGCCAAAGCGAGCUACGAUUGCGAAAGUAAGUAUUUACACUUUUGCGUUGACUUAAGACAGAAUUUUGACUGAUUCUGAAAAUGGAGUUCGAGAAAAGAGUUAAAACAAUUUUGAAAUUUGCCUCUCGGCCCCGCGCCUCUACUCGUUUAAGCAGAGUUACGUUCAUUGUGCUGUGAUCGCGCGAAAAACAAAUUUACUUAUUUAUUCCAAUAAUUUAUAAUUCAAUGAAGGACAACUUAAGGUUUUUUUUCUCAGUCUCACCCUUGUAACAUUGGAUAAAAACAUUGUAAUGUUUAACUUAUUGAUGGCAAAGCUGGACAGGAUGAAAUGCAAUAAUUUUCCAGUCCAAAAUACCUGUAUCAUUUUUACUAAACAUUUAUGCGUGGUAAAGCCACGUACCCCAUUAAAUCAGGGUGCGAAGAAAGUCCUGUAAUUGUAAUUGUAAUUGUAAAUAUCUUAUUAUCCACUCCCCUCAGGGCUUUUCAGGGAUAAUUUACAACACUGGUUGGGGGACUUUGCCAGACUGCUUAAGGUGCAGUUUACAAGUAGUGAAGGAAUGAGUAAUGAUGCCCCCAUACAUGAGUGUGAAAGUGAGAUAGGCCACUACACUGGGCACUACAUGCCCUACUCUUUACGAAGAGUGUGUGGGUUCUUUAACGUCCCACAGAUUUAAUACAUGUGCAAGGGCUUGUGAGACGGGGUCUACGGUUUAUCGUCCUUAUCCGAGAAGACUAGAGAGUCUAGCCGUUUGCAGAUAUUAUUACAAAGGCAGCACUUUCUCCUCAGUUAUUUAAAGAUCCUGAGUGUUGGUCCGGCCGGGGUUUGAACCCGCGACCUCCCGCUCAGUAGACCGGCGCUCUCCCAACUGAGCUAACCAGGCGGCGGUUGUUUUCCAGGACAUUAUUUUAGUAGAUUUGCUAGUAAAUUUGGGUAAGGAACAUUGUUAUAUUCCUAGACUUUCACUCAACUAAACAGGGACUGCCAUUGGUUGAUUCUUGGUCACGUGGCCUUGACUAAAAUCAAAUGUAUCCCGAUCGUGAUACAUUAAGCAAUGUAUCCCGCUCAGGCUACAUUACAGCACAUGAUCAAAGCAUGGUGGAAAGUAGCAUGACAGAAGGCGGGAAAAACACUGCCUGUUUUCAUUUUUGUGAAUGAACACAACAGCUUGAACACCAACACAAAGCCUCAAGCUAACAAGCAACGAUUUUUAAAGGCAUCCUAGAAGAGAAAGAGCAGCUAGUGGAGAAAAAAGAUGCAGAUAAUAUAAGGAAAGUACUUUGUAAAUCAUUCAUUCAGUGAUUUUAAGAAUUAAAUUUGUGUUGUUAUAAGUACCGAAUCAACUGUUUUGGUUCGCUCCAGUUAUUCUUUUGUUGUUGUUGAAGUGAAAGUCUGGAAAUAUAACAAAACAGUUAAUGUCAGGUCCUCGAAAACCAGUUAGUUUUGUUUUCCCCGAGUCCUGAUGUUUCCCGAGACGAACAUCAUAACUCUCGCGAGAACAAAACUAACUGUUUCCCUCGGGAUCUGACAUUAAGUGUAUAAUAAUCUUUUUUCCUCACUUGUCCAAUGGGCAAAGGUCCAUUCAAGUCAUCUAGUGGUUAAAUCAUUAGCAAGCAAGCAGUGGCCCUGGGCAAGCAAAAUGUAAGAGCUGCUUGAGCUUUUUUCAAGCGCUACCAGAAACACAACAAAGUAACUUGAUAAUUUGUCUUCUUCAGACAUCUCCAUUUUAGAUCUAUCAAGAAAGAAGGAUUUUUCCAAGUUCCAAGCUAAGAACAUGAAAAUGUGUGUAUCGGGUAGGGAUGUCUCACUGUCACACUUGUGGGGCAGUGUGGUAGUUGCUCUUCAAUUUGAAAAAACUGAUGUUCAAUCUUAUGAAGCUGAUAGGUAAGUUAAUUUUUUUCCCAACAAAAUGGUGACUAGUAACACUAAUUCCUUAAACAUUUCUUAAUUCAGCUAGCAUGUUCAUUGUAUACAAGUUGCUCUAGUAGUUACUUGAAAGUUACUUGCCAGUGAUUUUAUGGGGAGAAACACUGUUGGUGUUAUAGUAGGCUCGACACCAGCGGCUGUUUGGGAAAUGAGCCCGCGGUCCUCCCAUGAACAGACAGCUGGACACAUGGGCUUGCUACUGUUAAUUACCACCAAUUAUAAGCUUCAAAUAGACUCUAUAAAGCCAUGGUCUCCCGGUUCUAGAUUAUUGUGAUGCUGUAUGGCAUGACUGUGGACAAGGAAACAAUGACAAGAUUGAAGGACUACAAAGAUGAGCAGCGAGGAUUGUCUACUUCAAAGCUACCUCAAAACUAUCAACUGAUCAAAUUGGAACCUUUCUAUUAUAGAAGACGGACACACAUUUUAAGAUUUGUUAAUCAGUGCAUUGCAAAUAGAGUUCCUAGAUACCCUUUUAAUUUUUUUAAUGUAAGAAACCGUGACAUUCAUCGCCACAAAACUAGAAAUAAUAAUGACCUUGUCUUAGAAAAAGUUAACUUAGAAUGCACCAAGCGCCCUUUUUUCUACACAGGUGCAACAAAAUUUUUAAUACCUUUUAGAAUUUAAAACUGUUCGAAUCUUCCUUUUAACGUAGCUAUUUUAUACUAUUGUAAUUUGUUUUUAUCGAUAUUUUUAACCUUUUUUUUCAGGACCUGCAUUGAUAGCAGUUUUUUCUUAAAACUGAUGCAGCAAUCCUGUAUAAAUAUGUUUAAAUUAUUAUUAUUAUUAUUAUUAUUAUUAUUACAAAAUUAUUAUUAUCGUUGGCUGCUCAAAUCAAGCAGACAGCAUAAAUCAUUUUUAUUUUUCUGGAGCAGAUUUUAAACGACAGGCCAAACUUAGGUGUUGUUUGAUUUGGCAUGCGAUUGUGUCUUAGAACGUUUUUUAACAAAGAAAAGUAUUCUCUUAGAGAAGCUGGCAAAUAGUAGGUAUGUUUUUGAAAUUCAACCAACUGGAACUGGAUCAAUAAUUAUUUCCAUUCUACAUGAAUGAUGGUUGUUUGCAGCUAACGUGAAAGAGACGACUGUCAAGUCCACCGGUAAUGCAGGGUCAAUGUAAAUACAAUCAGUACGUGUUUCUGCUGAUUUUUAUGGCAAAUGCCAAAGUGAAGACGAGGGAAAGCACAACAUAUGUUCAGUAUUUAAUGACAUUUCCCAUUUUCGACGUUGAAGAUGCAUAAAUUUUGAAGUUACUUUAUGGGCCACUCACUCAUCCAGCCAUUUCUUCUUGAGGAGGACUAAGAGAGCGGUAGAAAUCAAGCCUAGUGUUAAAGGGGUAUAGUGAAUAAUUUAUUAUUGUCUGAUUCUACAGUUAUAGCAACAUUCAUAUUUAUUAAUUAUUACUGAAUCACUACAUUCAGAUCAUUAUUACAUGUAUUUAUGUUGUGCAUUGUAAAUGAGUCAUUUUAAUAUGCUUACAUGUGUGUCGUACUCACAUGUGUUUUCUACUUUAAUCAGUAAUUUCAAAACAGUCUUUUUUAUUUGUAUUGCACUUGACAGCUGCUAUGCGCUCAACCCAGCCAAUAAAAAUUGGCGAUCUGUGUUUCAGUCAUUGGUGACUAGCACUAACAUACAGGAUCAAAUCACGUUCAAGCAGUCACCAUUCAAAACUUAAUGCUUUGCAGUGGAAUUUGGAAAAAAACGGAAUGUGUUCAUAGAAGCUGAGUUUCAAGGUGAUUCUAGAAAUUUAAUUUUAUGGUCAUGACAAAUAUCCAUGAUAAUACCAUUUCAAACUUAACAGUGGCCAAAGAGCAAGUUCAAAACAAAAUUCAAAUUUCUUUUUGUAAAAUUCUAAAAAAUAAAUGGUAGUUCACCUGUAUUUUAAAGUUUUUACCAAAAGUUGUUUCAUUUGAAUGUCCAUAGCAUUGAAAGUUAGUGACAUACUGUAUUUGAUUAAUUAAAUACUGCCACUAAUAAUUAAUACCCGUGAACAACACCAUCAAAUAAACGCUUGACCCAAUCAGAAGAAUGUGGAGUUUAUGUGAGGAUAAUAAAAAAAUAAACUUGCUUUAACCCAAUAGUCUACACCAUACAGACAAUAAUGAUAUGAUUCUAUUUCAGCAAAAAAGCACCUUACGUUUGUGCAUGUAGAGGGUAAAUAAUAAUAAUGUUAAUCUCUUUCCGUUUUAGUCAUUGACUGGAAAUUUCCAGCAGCAUUUCUAGCAGGCCUUGUCAUCUUUUACAAUGCAGAAAGACUUAGUAGGUAUACUAUCUAAACGUCCCCUUCCACAAUGUAAAUUUGAACAAGAACUUGAUUUGUUAAAGUGAUGAUGAUGAUAUUCGAGGAUGAUGAUAAUGAUGAUGAUGAUGAUGAUGAUGAUGAUGAUGGUGACAGUAAUGACAGUUGA